AUGGCACAAGGAAAGGAAAUGGGACUACACUACGAAAAGGCUAGAGCCCGAAAAUCCUGGCCUACAACUCUAGUAGCUUACGGUGAGCUUAUGAGGAUACACCGACCAUUGGGGUUCUAUCUCAACACCUCUCCAUACCUCGUUGGUAUCGCUUUCGCCGCCUGCUUCGCACCCUCAACCACCCCAAAUAGUGUCUUCGCCAAAAGCACCAUCGUGCUAAUCAUAUGGUCGUUCUGCCUCCGCUGUGCAGGAUGUGCCUGGAACGACCUUGUCGAUGCGGAUCUCGACGGUCAAAUCUCGCGGACAAAAACGCGACCGAUUCCCCGGGGCGCGGUCUCCAAAUUGAACGCUGGCUUUUUGACAAUCGUUCUAUUCUCGUGUGGCGGAUACGCGGUGUCCUUUUUGCCCCGUAAUUGCCUACUCGACGGCCUCAUUAUCACAUUUUUUGCACUGCUCUAUCCCUUUGGCAAGCGGUUCACUGAUUUUCCGCAACUCACUCUGGCGAAUAUCGGUUGGGCUGUCCCAAUGGCGAUGCACAGUCUUGAGGUGGAUCCUCUCCUUCGGCUAGGGCCUACUGUUUGCAUGUACUUGUUUAUCGCGACGGUCAUUAUCAUGAUUGAUGUGAUUUACGCGAGGCAGGAUACCGAGGAGGAUAUCAAAGUUGGCGUUAAGAAUAUGGCGGUGCGAUUCAAGGACAGCAUUCAAACUGUCGCGUAUUCUCUCCUUUACGCAUCUACCGCAUUCCUUGCAACUGCAGGUGCCUUGACUGGGCUUGGAUGGUCUUUCUUCAUCGUGUCUGUUGGUGGUCACUUUGCUGGAUUUUCCCUUCUUUUGCAGGCAACCCGGGUUGGAAAAUCGUCCAAGGUAGAGGAUUAUUCCAAGUCCGCCUUUUUUCUUGCAACCGUCUGCUGGGUUUUUGGAUUUGUUGUUGAAUAUAGUCUACGUGACUGA